AUGGCACCAUUUGAGGCGUUGUAUGACAGACCGUGCAGAUCUCCAAUUUGUUGGACCGAGGUCGGUGAUACCAUUGCCCUAGGUCCUGACAUUGUCAUUAAGACUACAGAUAAAAUCAAGUUAAUUCGGCAGCAGUUGGCUACUGCACAGAGCAGACAGAGGAGUUACACUGAUAGGAGGAGACGAUUAUUGUCUUUUGAGGUAGGGGACCAUGUCUUUCUUAAGAUUUCUCCGCGCAAGGGGCUUCUGAGAUUUCAACAAACUGACCUGGAUAGGGUUCACGACAUCUUUCAUGUCUCUACGCUGAGGAAGUACAAGCCAGAUCCAUCAUAUGUUUUACAGUGGACUGAUGUGGUUGUUCGUGAGGACGUGACCUAUGAGAAAGGUCUGGUCCAGAUUCUUGAUUCAUGGGAGCAGGUCUUACGGACUAAGAACAUUCCAUUGGUUAAGGUCUUGUGGAGACAUCACAGCGUCGAGGAGGCUACCUGA